CCCUGAAAGGAUGACCAGAAUAAGUGGUGUUCACAAGGAUUCUUGACCAUGGGGGUGGGCGCAGGGAGUUCUUGGACAUAUUCCUUGGCUGUCUAGGAGUAUGUUCCCAGGCGUGGAACUCUGGGAUCCUACGGUAGAUUGUUGGUUGGGAGCAUAGGAGCUAACAAAUGCCGGUGAGGACACGGAGAACAGGGAACCCUUGGACACCAUCCGUGGGAAUGCACACUGGGACAAGUCACUGUGCAACACAGUAUGGAGGGUCCCACAGUCUAGAGAUGGACCAACGCACCAAACAGUGCCGUGCGAAAGAAAAGAGCAAGCGUUCCGUGAGACAAACGAAGAAUACUCUGAAAGAAGGCUGCAGAGUCAUUGGAGAGAAAGGCCCGAAAGGCCUCACUGAGGGGGACAGUGCUGAGGACAGAAUGAAAACAAGGGAGCUAGUCCCGCACAAGUCUGGCUGCCCUGUGUCAUGAAGAGGGAAGGCACCUCUGCCUUAGAGCCUCACUACCAGAAGCCGGGUUGGCCAGAGGACAUGAAAGAGGCAUCCAGUGUGGCUGGAGAGCAACUGGGAGCAGAGCAGAGGGUAGUGAGGAAGGCAGGGACAGGGCCUCAGGCCUGGGAGACAGGUAGCGAUCUCUUGUCCCUCUGCAACGGCAUUGCCCCAAUACCCUGCAUCUUCAAAUGCAUGGACUGAAUGCCCCACAGUUGUUGCAGAAGAGGAAUGGAGGCACAAUUUCGCAUGCUUCCUCCACAUCACCAUACUUGUGAGCCCGUGGUUGUGACUGAGGCUGGACUAGCAGAGGAUUUUCCCCACCUUAGCACCCAUCAUUCGGGGAGCCAUUCAACUCAGAAUCUGAGUUUCUGGGCGCAUGUUGGCCUUGCCACUGCCUCCGUUCCUGGCACUGUGAGCCUCGAUGGAUGGCAGCCCCAACCAUCUGGGCAUGCUUUUCGCUUCACAGUCCGAGAAGAAAAGGGGAACAAGGGAGAAGUGGACCAUGAGCAAAGAAACUAGGAAGUGCGAAACUCCUUGCCUGACAUCUAGAGAAACACGAGGCAUGCUAUUUCAUCCCGUUGAGGGCGCUGGGCCCACGGGAGCCCAGAGCCAGAGACAUUACUGCAGUUGCAGACAGCGCUUCAGCCCUCUUUUCCGAAGCUUCUGGUCAUGGGGCCGGAGACACCAACAGAGCUGCACCCCAGAGACUGUGAAUGAGCUGGCUGGGGACUUCAACGACUCCAACUCGCUGGACAAGGGUCAGGUGUCCCAGGAUCAGUGCUGCUCUGAGGCAUCAUCCCUGUCCCCGGACGAGGCCUGCACGAUGCUGGCGCUCAGAGAAGGCGCAGUGCAGAGAUGGGGACACUCCCUGCUGCUAUCCUUCCCGGAUAGAAGCCUCUCAAACGUCACCACCAUGUGCUCCAUCUAUCAGAUGUUCACGUCAGCCCAGCAGGUCCUGGAUCAGCAGUUCCCUAGCACUCUGUGUCCCAUCUUGGGAACCUGGCCUGAGCAGACAUGGCAGGAUAUCGGGCAGUCCCUGCACACUGCCCAUGUGGAGGUCAAGGGGGCCUAUGUGCACGUCACGUGGCAUGACCGGGACCUGAACACCCAUGCCCCCGUUCCGCUGAGGCAGCGGGAACUUCUGCAGCUCACAGAGGCUGAGGCGGAGGCAGCUGAGCCGGCCAAAGAGCCUCCCAUGGAGCGAGAGGCAACCCUGGCUCUGCAUCAGCCAUCACCUUCAGGGUCCGAGCCAGCCUCCCCUCCACCGGCUGCUCCAGAACUGGAACAGGGGCUCCUACGUUACGGAUGGUCGCCGGGUCCUGAGGCACAGACGGCUGGGCCAUCGGCUUGCCUGGGAGUUUGCACGCCAGCUGUCUCAGGUGCCACUGAGCCCACUCCAGGCCGCAGAGGUGACAAUGGGCACCUGAAAGGAGACAGGGACCGCAGGGAUGAGCAUUUGGAGGAGGAGAUGCCCCCUUGGGAGCACCACCUGGAGCGGCCCCCUGGACAUGGAAUGAUCAGGGAGCUGUUCAAGAAGGUGGUGCCCCAGCAGUGCCUGGGCUCCGUCUGGUCCCGGAGGAACAGGCCUGGCAACGAGCACCUGGCACCCACAGUCCGGGCCACCAUCGCCCAGUUCAAUGCUGUGGCCAGCUGCAUCGUCACCACGUGCCUUGGCGACCCAAGCAUGACAGCCCGGGACAGGGCCGCGGUGGUGGGCCACUGGAUCCGGGUGGCCAAGGCCUGUCAGAUCCUAGGGAACUACUCCUCCCUGCGUGCCAUCCUGGCGGCUCUGCAGAGUGCCUCCAUUCACCGCCUGCAGAGGACAUGGGACAACGUUUCCAGGAAGAGCUUCCGAACAUUCCAAAAGCUCUGCAGAGAAGACAACCCCCAGGGCAGGGAACUACUCAUCAAGAAGCGGCCCUCGAAUAAACUGGCCAGCCUGGGGAGGCAGCUGCAGAGAGCGCGGAAGGGGCUGCCGAAGAAGGGUGUCGUCCCAUACCUUGGCACUUUCCUCUCCGACCUGGUGGUGCUGGAUACAGCAAUGGAGGACUACCUGGAGGGCAAUGAGAUCAACCACCGCAAAAAGAAUAAGGAAUACCGAGUCCUCACGGACAUCAUGCUGCUCCAGGCGGCGGCAGAGAAUUACUGCCUAGAGCCCCAGCAUCCAUUCACGGCCUGGUUCUGGGCUGUGGAGCGGCUCAGCGAGGAUGACAGCUACAACCUGUCAUGCCAGCUGGAGCCGCGGUCCUAGCUGGCCAGCAGAACACAAGCACCAGGACCACUGGCUACAGCCACCAUCAGACCUGAACCCGUGCACACUGGCUGAGCCAAGGAUUGCCCCUCGGCCCCUGGGCUACUUGUGGUGCACGAGCCCUAUCCACUGCUCAACACCCCUUCCUCUCCCCUACAGAAUUACUUGUUCUGGAGGGGGCAAUAUUGAAUAUAAUUAAAGGGCUGUUAUUUAACCACAACAACAACAACAA